CCAGCUUUGUGUUUUUCGAAACAAAAAAAAACAUACAAAGAAGUUUAUUAUUCACUGAUAAAAAUGGCUUCAUAACGAGUUCAUAAUCUUCAGUUUCACCAGUUACGAUUGUACGUUGUUGAGAAGUAGUUUGCUCCUUGGCUCCUAUCUAACGAAACUUAAUUAAAUUUAAUAUUUGUUUUGUUUAAAAGUUCGUACUUGUUUUAACGGACUACAAGUCAUGGCGUGCAAAUUCUGCAAUCUGAAAAUUACAUCGCUUGAUCACGAUGUAUCGCCGGAACAUAUCAAGAACAAAGUUUUCUAUGAGUAUACUCAAAACCGGAAAAAAUAUUCAGGUAACAGGCAUGGAAUGGUAGUGUCAUGUGACAUCACUGCUUCAAAGUGUGUGGAUAGCACCAACAAUGUUCGGCCCAAAAUUGAUGCCUCGACGAAACCCAACGAGCAGGUGAAAUUCAGCUUCAAAGUGUUGAAUGAGACAAACAGCGAGGACUUCCUGGUGGUCGGGGUGCAGCUGGUGCACCCGCACCUGCACUUCACCAUGAACGACCAUGGCCUGGUGCUUGGAGAAGACCCCUACAUACUGCACCCAAAAAAUGCUGUUCCAAGAGACAUACAUAUAACAUUCAGGUCGGAAAACAUUGGUUUAUACAACAUGCACAUUUUGUUUUUCUUCCAAAAAGUUAAAACUAACGAAAGUCUAAUUAUUAUAAGAGAAAUGACUGUGGAGAAUGUAUACGUGGAAACGAGUCCAGCUGAGCACAACAAGAUCAUAAGUCCGUACGCGCAAAAGGAAGUGAAGGCUGACACGUUGCUGCGUUGCACUGUGGCUGUUCGCCGAUCGACCACGUUCACAAUACCGAAGCAGUAUAAGACCAUAUUCGCGAGGGCUCUGCAGCUGCCUGAAGACGCCUCGGACCAAGACCGCGCCGUCGCCGAAACCAUCAUAGAAUCCUUCAACAUCGGCGUGAAGGAAGAUAAUUAUGUUGAAUUCUUCCACAAUCUGCUGUGGUAUGAAGAAACCAUUGUUAGAAUGAACCUGAAGAAAUACAACAUGCUGAAGGUGCCUCUGUGCAGACAGGGCGAGGUGUACCUGCUGAACGUGCCCGGCCUGGCCGAGAAACGACCCUCGCUCAUGCUCGGCGACACGGUGUUCGUGAAGCCGCACGGCAACGACGAGGUGAUGUUCGAAGGCGCCAUAGUGAAGAUCGAGAGCAACGUGGCGCACCUCGGCGGACUCAACCACGCAUUCCUGCAACACUACCGCCCCGACGCGCGUUUCGACGUCCGCUUCUUCAUGUCGCGCGUGCCGCUGGAGCGCAUGCACGCGGCCGUCACGGCGCUGGCGCAGGCGCGGCAGCUGCCCCGCGUGUUCCCCGCCGAGAACCCAAGAGUGCCGCCCGUUACAAGCAUUGUCGAGUUCUUCAACCCGCUGAUCGCGACCAACGUGGAGCAGCGGCAGGCCGUGGAGCACAUCGUGGCGGGCACCUCGGGCACCGCGCCGUACCUGCUCCACGGGCCGCCUGGGACCGGCAAGACCAUCACCAUCGUGGAAGCUAUACUGCAGCUAGUAAAGAAGAGUCCUGACAACCGCAUAUUAGUCUGCACGGAUUCCAACAUGGCGGCGGAUCACGUGGCGAGCGUGCUGGUUCAGUACCGGGACAGGUUCCCGGGGACAAAGAACUUCCUGCUCCGGGCCAACUCGAAGUUCCGUGUGUGGGAGUGCAUGCCGGAAGCGCUGGAGCCGUACUCGAAUGGGCUGAGCUUCGUGAGCUACCGCAACGUGACGCCGGGCAUGCUGGCGGGCUACAGCAUCGUCGUCGCCACGCUGUCGCACACCGCCAAGUUCGCCACCAAGGACACGCGCCCCAUCACGCACCUAUUCAUCGACGAGGCGGCGCAGGCGUCGGAGCCGGCGUGCCUGGUCCCGGUGGCGGGGCUGCUGCAGGCGCGCGGGCAGCUCGUGCUGGCCGGCGACCCGCUGCAGCUCGGGCCCGUCGUCAUCUCGCACGACGCCGCCAGGAAGGGGCUGGGCAUAUCGCUAAUGGAGCGUCUCCGCGACCAGAACCCCCUGUACCUGGCGCGGCGCGGCGACCCCGCCUACACGGUCAUGCUGAGGAACAACUUCCGCAGCCACCGCGACAUACUGGACCUGCCCAACCGACUGUUCUACGAGGGGAACCUGCUGGCGUACGCGGCGGAAGACCCGCUGAGCAGCAUCGACAUCCUGACGGGCGCGCCGGGCUCGCGCGCCAUCGUGUUCCACGGCUGCUGCUCCAAGGAACAGAGGAUCGGGAAGUCGCCCAGUUACUUCAACGAGAUGGAGCUGGGGCUGGUGAAGCAGUACAUCACGGCGCUGACCGAGCGCCGCGGCGUGCGCCCCGAGGACAUCGGCGUCGUCACGCCCUAUCUGAGACAGGUGCACAAAGUGAAGGAGUGGCUCACCGCGGCGGGGUACGCGAACCGGGUCGAGGUGGGCACCGUGGAGUCGUUCCAGGGCAAGGAGAAGCGCGUGAUGGUGGCCAGCACCGUGCGCGCGCGCGCCGCGCUGCUGGACCACGACGCCAAGUUCAAGAUCGGCUUCUUGUCCGAUGAUAAGAGAUUCAACGUGGCGCUAACCAGAGCUAAAGCCAAGGCGAUUAUUAUCGGCAACCCGUUAUGCCUGGAAAAAGACGAGAAAUGGCGUGAGUACAUCAACAUGUGCCGCUCGUUUGGCACCCAUCUCGGGUUCGACACCCGGCUGGAGCGGAGUGACCAAGUCGUCGAGCAGCUCAAGCAAAAUGUGCGCGCCUUCAACGAACUCAUGAUCACCAACUAGAAGGAGAAAGCCGCCAAGAAGCAUCAGUUCGAGACUGAAGUAUACAGGGAGGGCUUGGCCUGCGGUGUUGAUGGCUAAAAUUGUUCUAGAUUUAUGUUUUAUUUUUUAUAUUCAAUGUAGGUACUUUAAUUGAGAUUUUUUAAAUGUUUAUGUCUAUAAUUUGGUGAAGAUUCAAACAUCUUCAUUGAAUUGCUGUAAUGGGUGUGUCGUCAAAUGCUUCUUUCAAUACCCAGAGAGUAAAUAUUAAAUAGUUACUUACUUUGCAGCAUGCAUGUUAUGUGGUAAGUAAACAUACGUUUCAGAUUUCUUCAUUCCUGUUACAUUCGGUGGAAUGUAAUACCUAUUCGUGCAAUUAUGUACCAUUCAAGAUAUAUACGUAAUGGAGAGUAAGAGUGCCAAAUGGAUCCUUUCUGUGAUCCCUAAACUUUAUUCCUUGUCAUAUAUAUUAUACCUAGUAUAAAAAAAUAAGAAACAUAUUAUUUUUUAUGUCUUCGACAUAUUUACAUAACCUGCUAUAUAUCUAACAUACGCCCAGCCAGAAAGGUAUGGGUCAAGAUUUGUGAUUACCAAGGUUUUCAGCCUUACUUAUAGCAUAGUUUAUAUUUUUCAUUCCAUCUAAAUAUUACAGGAAUUUUUAUAUUAAAAUUAGGAGGUACUUUUACAGAAUGUUCCAAAUACUAUUACUAAUAUUUUAUGGUAGGCGUUGCAGAGGAGCAUUCAAAAUUGAUGAACGUAACUAUUUGUAUAAAUGCCCUAUUUUGGCUUGUUCCAAAACUACAGUUCCAUAGACGGCCGAAGGGACAAUUUCUAAUAUCUUGCAACAUCCUGGUUGUUUGUUGAACCCUUAGUAUUUACCUACAUAUGCACAGUUUAAUAUUUUUAUAAAGAAGGUAUUUUCUCAUCCGUCUGUGAUGUUGUGUAAGCUUUACAAUUACUAUUUGGAAACAAAAUUUUAAAAUUAUCAACAGUUAUUUUAAGUACAUAUAAAAACAAUAGCUGUGACUUUUUGAGUCACUAUUUUCUAUUAUAUUUUUAUAAAUACAUUUGUUUUCGUUAUUGGUACAUAUCGUAGUCAUCAUAAAUUUAAUGGUACAUUAUUAUUAAGAGUUCAUUCAAGUCAUCAUAUGAAGCCAUAAAGACGUCCCAAAGUUAUGUUAAGUUUACUGCCAUUUUUAUUUUUGACAAUGUUUAUUUAGUAAGUUAAGUACGUUCAACGAUUUUAUAUCGAGAUUUUAUAUAAGUAAGGAUUAGAUCCAUAAGAAAUAUGGUUAUAUUGCUGUUGUCAAGAAAACAGUUUGCAGAAGUCUAGUCUCUUCUGUGUAUUACGAGUUUAUGUGACAUUUAUAAUUGUGUGUGGUGAUCGUUGAAUAAGUAGGUAAAAACAAUACACAUUGUUAGAACCGUUGCUUAAUUUGUGCACACAAAAAGAAUGUUUUAGAGAUUGUUGAAAUAUGUGUCAAUAUCCAAUGGCUACAUAUUAUUCAGUAUAAGGUUUAUAGGUUUCAGAUUCCAUAAUCUGAAGCCAGUUUUUUUGUCUAGUUAAAGUUCUCAAUGUUAUAGGUGCUGUUAUGUUUAAUAAAGCAUAUACCUA